AACACAUGGUGUGUGAUCUUGACCAGGAAGGCAAGAGAGGCCCCAACCCAGCCCUGUGGUGGGUGAACAGCCAAGGAGACGAAGUGAAGUGGAGUUUCAGAGAGCUGACAGACUUCACCUGCCGCGCAGCCAACGUCUUCACGCAGACCUGUGGCCUGCAGCAGGGAGACCGUCUCGCCUUGAUUCUGCCUCGAGUGCCUGAGUGGUGGCUGGUGGCCAUUGGCUGCAUCCGAACAGGGAUUAUCUUCAUGCCAGGGACAACCCAGAUGAAGGCCAAGGACAUUCUCUACCGACUAAAGGAGUCUAAUGCCCAGAGCAUCGUGACCACAGAUGCCCUUGCCCCGGAGGUGGACUCUGUGGCUUCUGAGUGUCCCGCUCUGAAAACCAAGCUCCUGGUGUCUGACCACAGCCGUGAGGGGUGGCUGGACUUCCGAUCUCUGAUUCAGUGAGUUUCGGGUCUGAUGGAGGUGCUCUCUGAGGAACGGUGGGAGAAGGCCCUCCGCACCCAAGCGCUGUAGACAGACAGCUGGUGGUAGGAAGCUCACCAGGCCUGGCUCCAGAAACCUCUUCCCAGCUGUGUCCCUGACCUGCUGUGUGACCCUGGGCUA